AUGGAGACAUUUGGAGUGUUGUUUCUGUCUUUAAUUUUGCAGAUUGGAACAGGCUUUGCUUCAGAUCUUGUGACCAGCUGUGACUCGUGCCAUGCCCAAGCCACCUGCCUGAAGCUGGAAGAAAGGGGAGAGACCUUCACCACGACCAAAACAUUCUCUUGUCUGUGCAAAAAUGGGUUUGUUGGUGACGGCAUCAGCUGUUAUGAAGUGAAAGCCUGUGCAAGCCUACUGCGCAGAACUUAG